GAUGGAGGUGCGCCCCUCUGGGCGACAAACAUUUCUCUGCGACGGCGUCGGAUCUUCUUUGGUACAUUGCGCGUUCUCAUUCCCGCCCUCCGAGCUGCCUCAGUGUCACGACUCGGAGAGCUCCCUCGCCCUCGCUGCGACAAAACCGACGACGCAGCCGAGCGGGAGUUGCUCUAGGCACCUACCUACCCUUUACCCCGCACCUAUAGAGACAUCGUCUUGUAUUCCCGAUUACUGCGUCGCUUCUGCCCCUGAACGAUGGGCCUGAACGGCGACUCUGGCGGCGGCGCCCUCUCUGCCGCCCUGAAAAGGCCUGUCCCAGAUUCCAAUAGUCCCACAGUCGCUAGCCCCUCAAGAGUAUCUACACCACCCCCGCAGUCUGACCGAUUGCGCGGAGAAGCGAGGCAAGGAGAACGGAAUGGACGGAUCAGCUCGAGACCUUCUGAUUUCGGCCGAUUUGCCGGCUUGGAUGCCGAUGCAGUGGACAGUGCCUUGCGACGGGAGCUCGGACGUCAGCAGCGCGAGGACACGCCUGGCGCGAGCCCGCACAGAAAACGCCAGAGAAUAAACGGAGAUCGCUUCAUUCCCACCCGAUCAGGCCAGGACUUGCAAGCUGGUUUCAGUCUCUUGCACGAGGAUGGCUCCCCCGCGACGCCGUCGAGGCUUAAGAAGAGGACCCCGCACGGGGAGCUGCACUUCCAAAAGACUGAGGAAGCCAAUCGGACCUUCUCUACUCUGUUAAGAGCCGAGCUGUUUGAAAACUCGAUACCUCAGGCUACGCCACCCAGCAUGUCGCCCGACCACGGGCGAGCCUCGAAUGGCGGCCAUGAUGGAAUGAGGUCUCACACACCCCCCAACGGCGCAGCCCCAUCACUCCCCUCCACGCUGACGCCAUCCACGCCCCAUAAAAACCUUUUUUCUUAUAUGAGCCCGAGGCACAGCAAUAUAGGGGGCCAUCUGACCCCGUCAAGAACCCCGCAAAGCCGCCAUGGACCGAAUAUGGACACGCGCUCAGAAGUUUACAGUCUAUCACCAGUCCGGUUCAAUAGCCAGCAGAUGCUUUUGAGUCCAAGACGUCAACCGCGGGCCGUUAGCAAAGUACCGUACAAGGUCCUGGACGCCCCGGAUUUGGCCGACGACUUUUAUCUCAACCUCGUGGACUGGGGAAGCGCCAAUGUUUUGGGCGUUGGUCUUGGGAAUAGCGUCUACUUGUGGAAUGCUGCAACAAGCCGCGUGAACAAGCUCUGUCAACUGGAGGACGACACAGUGACGAGCGUAUCAUGGAUCCAAAAAGGUACUCACAUUGCGAUUGGGACAGGAAAGGGUUUGGUGCAGAUCUGGGACGCCGAGAAGGCUAGGAGACUUCGGACCAUGACCGGCCAUACGAUGCGAGUAGGCUCGCUCGCGUGGAACACGCACAUCCUUACGUCUGGAUCCCGAGAUCGGUUAAUAUAUCACCGCGAUGUGCGGGCGCCCGACCAGUGGCUGAAAAAACUGGUGGGCCACAAGCAAGAAGUUUGCGGGCUGAAGUGGAAUUGCGAGGACGGACAGUUGGCUAGCGGUGGUAACGACAACAAGCUCAUGGUCUGGGAUAAACUCUCAGACACGCCUCUUUGGAAAUUCUCAGAUCACACGGCAGCAGUGAAGGCGAUUGCGUGGUCUCCACACCAGCGUGGCCUUCUGGCUUCAGGCGGAGGCACGGCCGACCGGCGCAUCAUAUUCCACGACACUGUUCGCGGAACGGUUGUCAACGAGAUCGACACGGGAAGUCAGGUGUGUAACCUGGCCUGGUCCAAAAACUCGAAUGAGAUCGUGUCGACGCACGGCUACAGCCAGAACCAGAUCGUGGUAUGGAAAUACCCAUCCAUGACCCAGGUGGCAAGUCUGACGGGCCACACGUACCGGGUCUUGUACCUCGCCAUGAGUCCAGAUGGAAGAGUCGUUGUGACUGGAGCAGGUGACGAGACGCUUCGCUUCUGGAACGUGUUCGGCAAGCGUCCCGGCGUGAGGGACGAUAGCGAUGGUGGCGGCAGUGGACGCCUUCAGGACUGGGCAGUCAUCCGGUAGACGAUGGGCUGCAGUAGCUUCUCGCGUCUGCGAGGAAAGCGGAGGAGGGUGGAUGGGCAGGAAAGGUCCAGACCCCUUUCAGAACUUGUGACGCCCGACUGCAAACCGGCCGCAUAAGUUCUGUGUGCAAUUUCGUCCGACUCGGUUUGCUCAAUCUCAUCUCAACCCAGGCGACGACAAAAAAGACCUGAGGUUUUUUGUCUUUGCUGCAACGCCAAACAGUAGAAAUCUCUUCUUAUCGUGCGAAACAAGCAGGGCACUACCAACAACACGACUCAUACGACGCAAUCUAACGAAAA